AGAAACUACUGCUUUCGAGGGGCUUACUCAAGCAUCUGGAUUCAAGAUGCAGUGCAACCUCGUCUUGGCUUCUUGACUUCAUUGACGAUCGCCAUGAGCGUAUUCAUAUACCUGGGUACAUCGUUUCUACUCUUCCUGGCCUCAAUAUAUCUCUUACCAUCGUUUCUCGUCACCUCCGCACGAUUGCUAGGUUUCGCGCUCAUCAAGGGCUCUCAGGGACGACGCGAGCUUCUCACUACGCGUACUGAGCUUGACAAGGAGAAUCAGGGACCUUCAACACACAGUCCAGGUUCCUCUGAACAAGAGGAAUGGGAAAAGGCUGAGACUCAUGACUCAGGUCGACCGAAGCAUGACGUGAAGACAGACAAAGACUGGGAAGGCAUCAUCGGUUUCUUUCAUCCAUUUUGUAAUGCAGGCGGUGGAGGGGAGCGAGUUUUAUGGGCCGCAAUCUUAGCAACCCAGAAACGUUGGCCAGGUGCCAUCUGCGUUGUAUAUACCGGGGACCAUGAUGUUGAUAAGAUUUCUAUGCUUCAACGUGUGAAGGAGCGAUUCAAUCUCGACAUCUACUCUCCGACAGUCCACUUUCUUUACCUCACCUCUCGUCGAUAUGUCUUGAGUUCCACAUGGCCUCACUUCACGCUUCUUGGCCAAUCGGUGGGCUCUCUCCUCCUUGCCUGGGAUGCCUUUAGCCUUCUUGUACCAGACAUAUUCGUUGAUACUAUGGGCUAUUCAUUUGCCCUCGCGUUCUCACACUACUGUUUUCCAAACGUACCCACUGGUGCAUAUGUUCACUAUCCUACGAUAUCAACAGAUAUGCUUAAUAACCUAUCAAAAGACGGGCAAGGCGUGAAUGCAGGCACAGGAGAAGGAUUUCGAGGAAAAGUAAAGCAGAAAUACUGGCGCCUGUUUGCAAGAUUAUAUGGCUGGACUGGUGGUACCAUCGACGUUGUGAUGGCUAACUCUACAUGGACGAAGUCGCAUCUGCGCAAACUAUGGAGUCCUUCCCGCGAAGCAAAAGGCAUGAAAGAAGAAAUAGAAGCCAUCUUCCCACCCGUGGCAGUAGAAGAGCUCGCGAAACAGAUCGAAGUCAGCGAAGUAGGUGAAGCAGAACGCGGCCCCUUCCUCCUAUACAUCGCGCAAUUUCGCCCCGAAAAGAAUCAUCAACUAGUUCUGGAGGCCUUCGCAGAACUCGUCAAAAACUCACCGAAAACACCAAAGGGCACACCAAGGUUAAUUCUCAUCGGCUCCGUGAGAGACGGGGAUGACGCAUCGCGCGUCUACAAGUUACGGAUUCUCGCCCACGAACUCCGAAUCAAGGAACAGGUGGAAUUCAUAUGCGAUGCCUCUUGGCCACAAAUCCUCGAUUGGCUACGGCGCUCCUCCGUAGGAGUAAAUGGCAUGUGGAACGAACAUUUUGGUAUUGGCGUUGUAGAGUAUCAGGCCGCGGGAUUGAUCAGUGUGGUGAAUAAUAGUGGAGGACCGAAGUUGGACAUUGUCAUCGAUAUUGAUGGAAAGCCUACUGGGUUCCAUGCCUCAACGGCCUCGGAAUAUGCUGAUGGUUUUUUGAAGGCUUUGGAAUUGCCGUCAGACCAAAUUUUGGCAAUGAGGCAUCGUGCGCGGAAGAGUGCCGAGAGGUUUACGGAAGGUGCGUUUGCGAGGAGUUGGAUCACGCAGAUGGAGAAGCUUGUUGAUAUGCAAAUACAACGAUAUAGAUAAGUGGCUAUAAGUGGCUUGCUAUGUGCGCUUGUAUCUAUGGAUAUCAUCGAAAUUCGGCUCGGUUCAGUGAUCUAAGUGAAACAUUAUGACGUCUAUUUCGUCGGAUUAGUUGCUAUAUUCUUAACGUGCUGUCGGACUGAGCUGCACUGUCUGUAGGUGACAGUUGUGGGUUCGAGCUAGACAGAGCAGAAGACCUUACAUAUGUAGGUAAUCAAUCAAUCACAUUUACACGUC